AUGGGCGUGGCGCUGCGCGCGGUGGUGGCGGUGGCGGAGCCCAAGGCGAAGGUGGAGGCGUACCGCGCGCUGCUCGCUGACGUCAUCGCGCGCAACGACGUGGAGCACGCCAAGCUGUUCGUCGACCACAGUGCGGCCAUGGGGGUGGGGGGAGCGGGGAGUGGGGGGGUUUGCGGGAACAGGGGGUGGAGAGGAGAGCGAGGGGGGUUGCGGGAGGCCGGGGGGUGGCGAGAAUGGGGGAGGAGGGAUGCGUGCGUGGGGGGGUGGGACGGGGUAUGGAUGGUGGGUGCGGCGACGACUGCUGAUGCCAGUAGCGGAUUGUGCUUUGGACUCUGGGGGGCGGAGCGAGCGAGCGACCGAGUGGUGCUUGUGCGGGCUGCUGCUUGCGGGGACCCCCGCGCCACCCGUUCUCCCCAGGUGCCCGUGAAAGGCGGAGGCGGCAGCAAGUUAGAGGCGAGUGAGAGGCUGAGUGCACUGGGGGCAAUGCGGCGGGUGGUCCGCACGCCUUUUCGCUGCAGCGCUGCGGCACUUGCACCACUUUUCCUCGUUCGUUCCACAACCAACUCCCCUUUCACCCCUCCCUCAUCCCCACCUCACCCCUCCCCUCAAACCCCAUUAACCCCCCCGCUAACCCCCCCCCCCCCCCCUUCCCCCACCCUCACUCACCCGUCACCCCCCUCCUCAACCCCCUUUCCCUCCUUGUCCCCGCUCCAUGCGGCAGUGCUAUCAGGACGUGCCCCUGAUGGUGGCGCGGCAGUGCUAUCAGAGGACGUGCCCCUGGUGGUGGCGCGGCAGGUGCUGCAGCAGCUGGCGGGCGAGCUGGGGGGGCUGCGCGCCGAGCAGCACAAGGCUGUGGCGCUCUACGCCCUCGCGCACAUCCAGCCGCGCGUCGUGUCCUUUGAGGAGCAGGUGGCGGUGAUCCGAGAGGGGCUGGCAGCGGUGUACGAGGGCGAGGAGGAGUGGGCCAAGGCCGCUCAGAUGCUCGCAGGCAUCGACCUGGAUGGGGGCAGCAGGGGCCAGGAUGUGAAGUACCGCCUGGGCAAGUGCAUCAAGAUCGCUCUGCUCUACCUCGAGGACGACGAUGCAGUGAGUGCGGAGACGUACAUCAAGAAGGCAUCCUUCGACAUCGGCGAACACAAGGACGAGGCGCUCACACUGCAGUACAAGGUGUGCUAUGCACGGAUUCUGGACUCCAAGAGGAAGUUCCUGGAAGCUGCGCUCAAGUACUAUGACCUCUCCCAGCUGGACCAGAGGGAGCUGGGCGGCAAGCAGGUGGAUGAGGAGGAGUUGGAGGCGGUGCUGAACGCCGCUGUCACCUGCACCAUCCUCGCUGCUGCCGGCCCCCAGCGCUCCCGCAUGCUCGCCACGCUCUAUAAGGACGAGCGCUGCAGCAAGCUGAAGAUCUACCCCAUUCUGCAGAAGGUGUAUCUGGAGCGCAUCCUGCGAUCCCCCGAGGUGGAGGCAUUUGCCAAGGAGCUCAAGCCGCAUCAGAAAGCGGUGCUACCAGGGGGGUCAACGGUGCUGGACCGGGCAGUGAUAGAGCACAACCUGCUCAGCGCCAGCAAGCUGUACACCAACAUCAGCUUUGAAGAGCUGGGUGCUCUGUUGGGCAUUGCCCCGCACACGGCGGAGAAGGUGGCGGCGCGCAUGAUAUCGGAGGACAGGAUGAAGGGCAGCAUCGACCAGGUGGAGGCGGUGAUUCACUUUGACAACGACACGGAUGACCUGCAGCAGUGGGACCAGCAG